AUGGCUCGGCCAACUGCCAUGUCGUUGUCAGUUGGGGAAGAAGCAAAUGUCAGUCCAGUUGACAUGCGCCCAAAAGGUGAGACAAUGCAAGUCCCCCUCGAUGGCCUCGACGAGGACACUAGACAAGGGCUGGAGCUCAACUUGAACAACGCGAGCAAGGAUCCAUCCCAUGUCAACCGGUGCUUGAAGAUCCACUCCCGAGCUUCGCCGGCCGAACCGAUUGGCCAUCCCGGCGUCUACCACCGGGAGCCCCCCGGUCAGAUCCCCCCUCCGCGGCCUCAAUUAACACUCUACGCGCUACUUCCCGAAAGAGGCUCAACGUCCUGGCUGUCGUGGCGGAACCUCAGGGGUGGCCACGCUUCGAGCCUUCGAGCCCACGCAUCAUGGAUAGAAAUCGUUCUACGUUUCCCUGGCCUGGUGGACUUCCUUGAGUUGCAGUUCCCUCCCCUUUUCCACCAAUCCUCUCUGCUUCAUCCCAGAAGAGAAUCCUGCCCUGCUGGGUCUUUUGACUCCUCAUUAUCUCUGUUCUUGCAGCUUGCAGGCUGGGCAACAGGCACAAACAUUAUGAUUACAGGCCUGGUCACCCUUUCUAGACCGCUCGGCAGGCUGGACCGGCCAGGCUCGCUUGAUCAAGAGAUUGAACGGGGCUUCAGCGGCUCUCAAGAACCAAGGAGCCAACUGAUAACUCUGGAGUCUGACCUGUUCAAGUUCGAGUUGAAAUUGCAUUUGAUCUCUUCCUGGCCCAGCUGCCCAGCGGACAGCCGCAUUGUUGUAGAACUUCACGAGUGCAACGAAGGAUUUCCUAUAAGCAGUAUGCGUGAUAUGCUUUUGCCAAUAGACUUCCCGUGCCCACUGCCCACCUCAAUAUGCUUUUGGCGGCUUUGGCCCGAGGCUAAUGACGACGUCGAUGAGCAGGCCACUAGCGAGAAGAUCUGCUCGGAGCCCCGUGCCGUGAUCCGUCUGCCAACCGCCCGGGUCUCACGGCUACGGCCUUGUCAUCCCAUCCCUAUCAUCGUCCCCAUUCCAAUCUAUCUCAACCCCUGGGGCCAGCCAGGCCGCUGGGAGCCCCGUUGUAACUCGAUGUUCAAGGCCCAAUGUUCCACACUGAGAACCAGCAAGGGUUUCCCACCCCCUUUUCAGCCGAUCGACGAGCGCGUACCUGCUCACCGAGUCCACUCUGCACAAAAUCUCAUGAUGGAUGCGACGCCAGGAUGCCUUCGUGGAGAGUCGAUCGAAUCUACGAACACCAAGCUUGGCUAUUACACAGUCAAGGUUGUCGCUGCACUCAACAUGAUGCACGCGCAGAAAAGCCCCUGGCGGCGCAGCGAAAAGAAGCGCUCGCUGCUCAGCCAGGUGCCAUCACUUCAAACACGGCAGUUCAUCCUUUCAUCACACGCCGCUCGGUAA